AUGAAGUAUUCGGCCCUCCUCCUCGUUACCGCCGGCCUCGCCGCCGCGCAAUUGAGCGUCGUCACCGUCGUGCUCCCCCAGUUCGACCAGCAGGCCAUCGACGCCUCCGUCAUCGCGGCCGCUCCCACCGCCACGACCUACCGCCUCAACUGCCCCCCCGGCGCCGACUCGUCCGACUGCGGCAUGCCGGACGAGUUCGAGUUCGUGUACGGCCCGUCCACUUUUGCAUACACCAUGUCGCUCGACCUGCCCAAGGACACGGCCGACUGCGUCGGGACCAUGUCGAAAGAGGGGUUGUCGACCGUCGCGCGCGACACCCUGACCGACCUCACCUCCUUCAUGCUGCCCAUCACCAUCACGGCCGGCCUCGACAAGCUUGCGGCCAGCACCGGGGCCGGGACCGCCCCCGAGGCUCCCGCACGCACCACCACCACCGGCGGGACCACCGAGACCGCCGGAAGCACCGGGACCACCGGGAGCACCGUGGCCACCUCGAGCACGCAGACCGGCGGCGUGCCGCCCCAGAUCACCCAGAACGCCGUCCUCGUGGGCGCCGCCGCGCUGGUGGGCGGUGCCAUGCUGAUGUAG